AUGCAACUACAAGCAACUCUUCUUACUACUUUGCUUGCUCCGGCUCUAGUAGCGUCUGCAGUUACCGGUAGAUUUCCUUUUACAGCCAAGAGUUGUGCCACAGAGAAUUCGGAAAAACUAGGAAAUGGUGUAGAAUGUAAUCCUGGCGAAAGUUAUCGCUGUUGUGUGCUGCCUGACGAAAGUUAUAAUGCGUUCAUGGACCCUGCACAGUGCACCUAUCCUACCCAAGGAGAUUUCCAAGAGAGAGAGCCAUGCAAUGGUGGUACUGGUUUCACCUAUUGUUGCCAAUAA